AUCAAAAUAUAUACAAAUUUGCAGUAUUUUUUAGUUUUGGUGGUCAGAUAUCAGACCAGCAAAGCAGUUCUGCUUCUCCAUCAGCCAAUCUGCAUAGGGAAAUCCGAAUAUUAUAUGUCAUGAUGAAUAAUUCGGAUUCAAAGCCAAAUCCAUCCAAUGAGACCCAGACCCGCUCCAGCGACUCGAAAUCGGAGCCCGCCGGAGGCGGCCGACCUGCGGAUCACGUUCCUUAUCCGAAACUGGAGCCGGACGACGUGGCUCCUGUGCCCGACACUUGGAGCUCAACCUCAUCGGGUUCCGGUGAGGCCCCGAGGUCUAUGUCUGAUCAGAACUCGGGCGGCUAUGUCAGUGCCACCAGCAUGCCCACCGGGUCGAAUCCCUACGUCUCCGCUGAUCCGGCUCCUGCCUCUCCUAUGAAGCAAAACAUGGACAAAGUUAAGGAUGUUUUGGGUAGAUUGGGGAAGAAGGCUGCAGAGGCCGGUAAGAAGGCGGAAGACUUGGCGGGAGACGUGUGGCAGCACUUGAAAACGGGCCCAAGCCUGGCGGAUGCUGCUGUUGGAAAAAUAGCACAAGGUACCAAGGUUUUGGCAGAAGGUGGAUAUGAAAAGAUUUUUCAGAAUACAUUCCAAAAUGUCCCAGGUGAAAAACUCCUGAAGUCUUAUGGGUGCUACUUGUCUACUUCUGCGGGUCCUAUCGUUGGAGUCUUGUACUUGUCAACUGAAAAAGUAGCAUUUUGUAGUGAUAAUCCACUUUCACACAAAAUUGGUGAGGAGGUUCACAUGAGCUAUUACAAGGUGGUUAUCCCAUUGAAUCAGCUUACAGCAGUUAAUCCUACAAGAAGCAAAUCAAAUCCGGCUGAAAAGUAUAUCCAGCUUAUUUCAGUCGACAGUCAUGAAUUCUGGUUCAUGGGAUUCAUGACCUAUGAUAGUGCAGUGAAAAGUCUUGCAGGUGCAUUGCAGACUCCUCCUCAUCACUCGUAAUUAUUGUAAAACACAGCUUUCGUAUCAUACAAUGUACUACGUGUUUAGGUAGAUGAAAUAUAUUUGAAUGUGGUCAAGAUGAUAUGUUUGUAUCCUUCAAUAAAUGUGUCUUGAACCAGCAUUUAUUAUUUUUUUGUUACAAACAUUACUAAACCUGGUAUAUAUAGCAGAAGGUGAUGUUGCUUGGGCAUAUGGAUCAA